ACACGAGCUGAUUACUCAAACGAGUGAUGGGUUCAACCUGAUAGAAUCAAGGAACACCAUUGUUAACGGCAAACUCAUCCCUCCCCAUUUGAAUAAUCUGAUUCCGUUGCGAGUUGUAAACCCCGAUUUAAAACAAUCCUACCCUUUUCUUGUUUUCUUUUAAACAUGAUGAAUAGGAUCACCAGGAUCACGAUCAGGAUUAGAAACCCACUCCUACUCUUACUAUUAUUCCUCACAAUUGUUGCCCCAUUUGUUCUCAACCCUCUCGCAAUUUCUUUAUUUUUUGCAGAUACAUAUGAAUUCAUUCCUAAUAAUUCUACAGUUAUACCUAAGGAUAAUUUGAAUGAAUCUGUUGAUGGUGAAUUAUUAAGGAAAGAUAGAGAGCUUACUGAAGAGACAAAGGGUGUGUUUCUCAUUAAGGAAGUUACUCGUGGUGAACGACAAGAAGCGGGUGACAAGGAGAAUGUGAAGUCGAGGUCGAAUGAUCGUGCAAUGUUAGCCGUUGAAGUUGAAACUAAACAAGAGGCUCAGAAAGUUGGUAAAAGGGAACUUACAAAAACAAAAAGUAAGAAACCGGAUGAACAUCCUUUGGCCGAUACUCGCGUGCGGUAUCUCAAAGACCAGUUGAUUGGGGGAAGACUUUUUCUUUCCCUUCUUGCAACAAGAAGCAACUCUCAUUUUAUUAAAGAACUUCGGGGCCGUAUGAAGGACGUUCAAAAGGCACUUGGUGAUGCAACCAACGAUGCAGAUUUACCAAAGAAUGCAUAUAACAAGCUGAAGGCGAUGGAUCAAACAUUGGCAAAAGGAAAGCAAAUACAUGAUGAUUGCACUGCCAUUGUAAGAAAACUUCGUGCUAUGAUCUACUCAACCGAAGAACAACUACGUGUCUACCAGAAACAGGCCUUGUUUUUGACUCACUUAACUGCCAAAACUGUUCCUAAGGGCCUCCAUUGUCUUACUUUACGCCUUUCAACCGAAUACUAUUCUAUAAACUCUUCUGCACAACAAUUCCCAAAUCAAGAAAAUCUUGACGACCCGAACCUGUUCCACUAUGCAUUGUUUUCGGAUAAUGUGUUAGCUACAGCAGUGGUUGUCAAUUCAACUGUUACAAAUGCCAAUGAUCCUUCGAAACAUGUGUUCCACAUUGUUACCGACAAGCUGAAUUAUGCUGCAAUGCGGAUGUGGUUUCUUGUAAACCCACCCGGGAAGGCUACAAUCCAAGUUCAGAACAUCGAUGAAUUCACGUGGCUAAAUGCGAGUUAUAGCCCGGUUCUUAAACGGCUGGCUUCUCAGAAGAUGAUUGACUAUUAUUACAAAACACAUAAGGCGGGCGAGCCUGGUUCAAAUCUGAAGUUUCAGAACCCGAAAUAUCUGUCAAUAAUGAACCAUCUUCGGUUUUACCUUCCGGAGAUAUUUCCGAAGCUGAGUAAAGUGGUGUUCUUGGAUGAUGAUAUAGUGGUUCAGAAGGAUUUAAGUGGUCUUUGGUCUAUUGAUCUGAAAGGUAAGGUGAAUGGUGCCGUUGAGACGUGUGGGGGAAACUUGUUCCAUCGGUUUGACCGCUACCUCAACUUCUUGAAUCCCAUCAUCGCUAAGAACUUUGACCCACAUGCAUGUGGAUGGGCAUAUGGAAUGAAUGUAUUCGAUCUUGAGGAAUGGAAGAAACAAAAUAUUACACAGGUUUAUCACUCGUGGCAGAAUCUGAAUAACGAGAGGCAACUUUGGAAGCUGGGGACGUUGCCACCUGGUUUGAUAACUUUCUGGAAACGGGUAUACACGUUAGAAAAGUCAUGGCAUGUACUUGGGCUCGGGUACAACCCGAGUGUGAGCCAGAAGGAGAUUGAACGAGCAGCAGUGAUUCACUACAAUGGGAAUUUGAAACCGUGGCUCGAGAUGGGGAUACCCAAGUUUAGAGGUUACUGGAGCAGGUAUGUGGACUAUGAUCAGUCGUACAUGCGGGAUUGCAAUAUGAGUUGAUGAGUAGACUGAAAAGAAGACGUAAAGCGGGUCAAUAAGUAGUUUAUAUUCUUUGAUUGUUCAUGGCAUUGAUGGUUAGUUUGAUCAUGUAUCAACCUUGCUAAAAGAGAACCCGGCCAUUUCUCAACAUAAAAAUAGAAUCAAGUAGCACACGCUCUAACUGAAAA